AAUUAAUUUUUUUUUUUUUUUUUUUUUUUUUUUUUAGAAAUCAUUUAAAAUUUACUUUCACUAGCUGAAGUGCUGAACUAUUAAACAGUGCUAGAGUAGUAGAGUACUAGACUACUUCGAAAAGUUGUUGACCUGUGAAGUUCUGAGACAAGUCUCUCUGUCCUUUUUUUUUUUUUUUUUUUCCCCUUAUUUAUUCUCUGUUUUCAUCUCCACUCUAGUAUCAUAAACUUUAAAACAUUUUAUUCUCAAACUUCCAAUUAAAAUUUCAUUUUCAAAAAUGGAGAAAGAGAUUGAGGAUUCAGAAUCCCAAACCCUAACUCUUCCAGACGAUCUUAUUUUCGAGCACAUCUUACCAAGACUUCCAGUUAAACCCUUAACUCGCUUCAAAUCUGUCUCCAAAUCAUGGCUCUCCACAAUUUCUAACCCAAAAUUCGCAAAAACCCACCUCAAAUUAUUCACCUCUCCAUCCCCUCAAUUCCUCCUGUUCUCAGGGAACAGCGACAAUCAUCCUAUUUUCACCUCGAUUACACUCGAUGAACACGGCCGUGUCGAAGAGACCUUUAAAUUCAACUUCACCUUUAACGGUGGACCUAUUCACGUGCUGGGUUGUUGCAAUGGUUUGGUAUGUUUUUUUGACAAACAUUAUAACUUUUAUAUUUGCAACCCUGUCACCAAACAGUGUAGUGAUGUUAUUGAUUGUCCUCAAACUCCUAGAGGUCAUAUUGUUGUGAUAACUGCUGCAUUUGCUUAUGUUUCUUCGAUUGAUGAUUAUAAGAUUGUUUAUUUACUGGGGUUAUCUGGUGGAAUUGUUGUAGAAGACAUUGAUUUGUAUACAAUCUAUAUAUUUUCAUUAAGGAAUAACAGGUGGGAUAGAUUGUCUAUUGAUGAAAUAGAUGGCUCUUCGAUUGUCCCGGCUGAUGUCCCGGCUUUUGUCAAUGAUACUCUAUACUGGCCUUCGGUUUGCCAUUGUGUAGGGGUGAAUUUAGUCAAUUCAGAGUUAAGUAGAAUUACUAUAAUGUAUAAAGAUAUGAUGGAUGCGUAUAAGCGUUGCGGUGGUUCGGAUAGGUUGAGGUUAUAUGGGAUAAAAGGGAGGUUGUCGUGGUGUUUUGGUAGUCAUGUUUGGAUGUUGGAAUCGGAUGGUGUUUCUUGGAAGAAAUUGUAUGAUCUUAAUCGUGAUGGUAUGAAAUUGUUGUGUGUUUCCGAGACCGGAAAAUGGUUGGUUUUAAACCGCGGUGAGGUUGCGUUACUUGAUCCGAGCAAACCAUUUGAUAGACAAUAUCAAGGAGGAACUAGUGUUGGUUGUCCUAUUGUUAACGCUUGGAAUUAUAAGAUGAGUUUGGUUUCACCAGUUCUGGAAUAAAUAUUACUAGACUAACCUAAUCUUAAUGUGUACUUCUAUGAUCUAUGUCACAAAAAGAAUCAAGAUGUAUGAAAAAGCUACUCUGUAAUUUUCAUGGCUAGAUUUUCAGAGUAGUUACUCAAAUUGUAGUACUCCGUAUUUUACUACUAAGUACUUCGUAAUUAUUAGUCAGUUAUUUAGGUUUCAAACGGAGUAUUAUUACUAGUGUUAUUGUAUUCAGAAUUAUGUAAGGAUUAGAGUGGUUUUUUAUUUGUAUUCUCUUAUA